UUAGACUCAGUGGGAGUGGGGAUUUAGUAUAGCAAGUUCUCUAGUGUUUCCUUUGUUGAUUUCACCUAUGCCAAGAUGCAUCAAGAAAUAGAGGCAGCAGUCACCUUCCUUGUGAAGAUUCUGAGCUUAAAGAGGUGUGUGAAGCCUGAAAAACUGGUGGUUUUGGCAGAGAACAUGGCACGUCUCUUGAAUAAGAAAUACCAAGGCCACUGGUACCCAGACAAACCUGACCAGGGACAGGCUUACAGAUGUAUCUGCAUCAAUCCCUGGCAGUAUGUGGAUGAGUCCUUGCUUCUGGCCUGUGCGAUGAGUGGCCUAGACUACUCAAGACUUCCUCUACGGGAUGAGAUGACCAUUUGGAUUGACCCUUUUGAAGUCUGUGGCAGGUUUGGGGAGCACACUGACUUCUUCACAAUAGCAUCCUUCAAAAAUGAGGUGGCAGUCAAAGAAUACAAGAGGAAGCAUUCAGAGCAGACUUCCGAUUAUUCCUCAGAUGGACCUUCCUCUGGGACUGUUUCUGAGAACUCAUCUGAUGACGAGACAGCUGGGGAGAAGGCUACACCCUCAAAGAACAUGAGUAGUGUCCUCAUAGUGGAUGACUGUAUUGCUAUACCUAGCAAUGGACCUCUCAUCCCAAACACAGGGUCUCUGGUGAAUGUUGUAUGAAUGUCAUCCAAGGACAUGGGCCCAAGAUGCCUGGAUUGUAGAUGCCUCCUACUUAGACUGUAUACAAGACAAAUGGCUCAGAAGACUGCCAGUACUAGAACCAAAAUGGCACACAGUGGUGGAAUCUCGUCUUUCUUAUAAUGGUGAUACAGUGACACUGUUAUCUAGGGGCUUCUCUCAGCUGUGCAACUGAUUGACCUAAAUAGCACUAGAACAAUUUUAAAUUUUAUUUUAACUUUAUUUUUUUAUCCUCUUACCCCUAUGCACAGCUUUCUUAGGAUUGUGUUCCCUUUAAAGAAGCAUAAAUGGAUCUUGAUCAGUCACUUCAGUGUGACUUGAACCCUCUAAAAUGUUGCACUUCAUUUGAUGAAAAUGUCAGGACAGGAAUAUAUCAUAUGAGUAAGGUUCCCUUCAGUUAAGUAUAAAUGUAUAAAUUGAGUGGACUUGUGUACAAAAUAGAUAUGUUAUUUAUACAACAGCAGAUCCUACUUAAACUUUGACCACUAGAGGGUGUUCUAUGAAGUCUAUAAAGUUCUUCACUCGAUGGACGUAAACCAUGAGACCUCGCCAUAUGUUUAAAUGCAGAUCAGCGUUCCAUACGCACACAAAAUCUUUUUACUGUAAGGGAAUGGAAAUUGCCACUUUCUCAUGAUAGGGAAUAGAUAGUUUUAUCACUAUUUUAUAUGAAGUACUUGCAUGUUUUAGCUAUCUGGGCAUGUGGUCAGUGAGCUUGUUGAAGGCAUGCCAUAUUGUGAACCUUCCAGGUGUCACUUUGAUCCCAGCAUCCUCUGUUUCUGGGAAAUAGCACUUUUUAAACUGGAGGGUUAAAUGCACAACAUGCCUGAACCUUUUAUUUUAUUUUUUUAAAUUUCAGAUUUUGUCCUGCUAACUUUUUAUAGAUAAGUCAAGUUCUAGAACAGUUAACUCUUACAAUUCCUCCCUCUGAAUAUGAUGGUUACUUUUAUAGAUUGACUGCCGGGUUUAAGGUGGCCAUACACUAUAAGAUCCAUUCGGCUGAGCGUUGAGUGAAUCCGAACAUUCGGCAAUACUACGAAUGGGCUCAGACGGGUCGCAGGACCACAUCAACUAGCCAAUGCGUUCCUGGAUCGUACAAAAAAUCAAACUUGACUGAUCGAUAUCUGGCCGAUUUUUGGCCUGAUAUCGAUCUGGAGGACCCGUCAGAGAUAAACUGCCGAAUUGGUCUAAAGGACCGAUAUCUGCAGCUUUAAUCUGCCCUUGUAUGGCCACCUUAAAUGGAACUCUUGACAGAUGUUCCUUAUCGAAUGUAAACGGCUUUCCUAAAAUCUGAAGAUUUGGAAUCUGUGGCAGGAUUCCAUUUAAACUGCAGGCUAACCAGGGGUAUAUCUUAUUUCCCUGAAGGCAGUAACGUAACUAGAGGGGGGCGGGUCCUGGUCCGCCACUCCCUGAAUGUUAGAGUGGGGUGUUAAAGCACUGACAAACGCCCAACUUGGCUUCUGUUAAGGUGGGCAUACACGGACAGAUUUAAGCUGCUGAUUUAGGUCCUUUAGAUCAAUUCUGCAUUUUAUCUGCCUGUGUAUGGGGACCUCCAAUGAGCCUCCCCCAUUUGAUAAUCUGUCCAAAAAUCGGUCAGAUCUCAAUCGGGCUUGAUUUUUUUUGUCGGAUCGAGAACGGAAUUGGCUCAUUCAUGUGGUCCUCGCUGUGACUUCACAGUACCUUCACUAUGAUGCAAUUGUUUAGCCCUAGGGCUAAAGGAUUGCACUGGCACAACAUUGCCCACCCACCUUGCCAAAUGAGUGAAUUUUACCAUGUCUUUUGUUUCAUAGUGAGAGUGUAAAUAUUUUUGGGAUUGUAUAGGGCCAUAACCUGUGCACUUAAUAUAUAUACAGAGCUGUUAUCCGGGUUUCCAAUGGUAGUAAAAUGGCUAAUAUUCAACCUUAAGAGCAGAAGUACAAUGGUAGCCAUUUGAGACAUGGGUUGCAUUUUUUUUUUUUUUUUGGCAAAACAGGAAGCAGGAUACAGAUUUAUUUGGGCUGGGUCAACUCUUUAAGUUCUUGAUAUCUAAGUCAAGCACUAAAGGUAAGAUGAGCCCCCCCCUCCUCCCUUUUUUUACAAUCUGCUUCUGUUAAACUGGUUAACUGGUUUGCCAAGUGUCCCCACAGUCUGAACCUACUAAGCACUUCAAACAAGAUGCAGCAAAUCCAGUAAGACUGGGUAAAGCUGAGCUUUCUAACAGCAAAGGGCUUGUGUUCUUAUUUCUUUGAAAAGUUUGUUCUAGAAAUGAAACUUGUAUUUACACUGCAGGUGCCACUCUAAUGAUGGCUUGUCACAAUUACCGGCUGUAUCAGCUCCAAUGGGUUUAAGCAAACUGUUUUGGCACCUGUACUUUGGAUUAAAUCUUAAAACCAAA